CAAACACAUAGUAAGAAAAAGAGUUGACCAGGUGUCUUGUGGGUGGGCUACCUGCCAAUGUCUCACACGCUCAACAUAGUUGAAUUCUUUAAUAAUGUCAUGCACCUUUGAUGCUCACAUAACAUUAACACACUAUAUAUACAUUUCUACUAUUUUUAUUUUUUUUAAAAAAAAACAUUAAGUUAAAUAAAUAAAAAAAAGCUUCAAAAACUCAUUCAUCUUUUCACUUAAUCAUCAUAAGAAAAAAAAAAUUUACAUUUUUUUUUUUUUAGAUAUGGGAAGAAUUCCAUGUUGUGAAAAGGACAAUGUUAAGAGAGGGCAAUGGACUCCUGAGGAAGAUCACAAACUUUCAUCUUACAUUGCUCAACAUGGAACUCGUAAUUGGCGUCUCAUUCCUAAACAUGCUGGAUUACAAAGAUGUGGAAAAAGUUGUAGAUUGAGAUGGACAAAUUACCUUAGGCCUGAUCUCAAACAUGGCCAAUUUUCAGAGGCAGAAGAACAGACCAUUGUCACACUUCACUCUGUUCUUGGCAAUAGAUGGUCUGUGAUAGCUGCUCAACUUCCCGGUAGAACAGACAAUGACGUGAAGAACCAUUGGAACACAAAGCUCAAAAAGAAAUUAUCUGGUAUGGGAAUUGAUCCAGUAACACACAAGCCAUUUUCACACUUAAUAAGUGAAAUUGCAACAACAUUAUCUCCACCACAAGUCCCUCAUUUGGCUGAAGCAGCACUUGGUUGUUUCAAAGAUGAAAUGCUUCAUCUUUUAACCAAAAAAAGAAUUGGUUUUCAGUUUCAUACACAAUUCACAAAUAUGACAAGUACUCAUAAUAAUGCACCAAGUACAAGUCAUGUUAAGCAUGAGGAGAAUAAUAAUUAUAAAGAUAAUAACACAAUUGAGAAAAUUAAGUAUGGAUUAUCAAGAGCUAUUAAAGAAAGUGAUAAGAAUUGGGAAACAAGUGUAGGAGGAACAACAUCUAGUAAUUUUCAUGAUAAUGGAGGAUUUAGUAACUAUAAUUUUGCUAAUUUGCUUAAUGAUGAAGAUGGUUCACCAUGGAAUCAAAGUUUGUGUAGUGGAAGUACAUGCACAGCAGGCGGAGGCGGAGGCGAAUUACAACAACAGCAGCAGCAACAACAACAACAGAACAAGAAAAUUAGCAAUGAUAAUUGUGAGGAUAGUGGUAAAGAAAUAGUAGUAACAACAAGAAAUGGAUCAACAACUAUGUUCAAUACUGACUGUGUUUUGUGGGACAUAUCAUCUGAUGAUCUAAUGAAUCCAAUGGUUUGAAGAGUUUUGUUGAGUUUGGCGGGUGGAUAGAGUUGCUCGGUACCUGUGUAUCAGUGGGAGAUAUUGCAGGUAUUUCAUGAAAUUAGUCGAGGUGUGCGUAAGCUGACCUGGACACCACAGUUACUAAAAAUAUAUUGUAAUAGCCUACUUGAAGCUAGAAAGGCAAGGAUGUUAUAAAUCAUCUAAAGAAAUGAAGUAAUAAAGAGAGAAUCCUAUCUGUUUCAUUUUA